GAUUUGUUAGAUGGAGUAAAGAAUACGCCCCCUAAGCACACUUUGGGCUAAAAAAUGGACAACUCCUUUGUGGAAGAAGUGGCUGCAUCACUGGUGAGAGAAUUUCUCAGUAGAAAGGGUUUGAAGAAAACCAUCACUACCAUGGACCGAGAGCUUCCACGUUCUGCACUUAGCAUCAAUAACAGGAAUGAACUUCGAAAUGUCCUACAUCUGCACUCCUUGUACAAACAGAACAAGGCCAAGGAGAACCCACUGAAAACUCUUCUUGAAAUUAUUACUAAUUACUUCCUUGAGCACCGUGGGACUUCCAGAAGCAUCAGUUCAAGUUCUGCUCUGUCAGUUCCUCAAAGUAAGAGCUCAACAUCUCAUCCACCUGACUUCUUGGAUGAAGAUCAUGUGUGUGGGAGUGCCACUGUGCUUGAUGAAAGCAAAACUCAAGCCUACAGAUAUGAUGUUGAGAAUCCACUAGAUAAAAUCCUUCCAUCCAGAAAACAUCAGCACAAAAGUGAAAAAUGCCACACAGGGACAAUACACAACAGCCACUUACCCUCUGAUGGGGAUAAGAAGUUAAAAGAUAGUCAAGAAGAUUUAAAAGCAGCAAUGAUUUCUGAGGAGCUGAAAUCCAACAUGAAGGAGAAGCCAAGGCCCAGGUCUGGUCUCAUUGUCAGAGGAAUGAUGGCUGGACCAGUAGCAAGUUCACCAGAGGACCUGCAGAAAAGGAGGCUUCCAAAACGAUCCACUAGCAUAAGCAGCACAGCACAGUUCAAGGGUGAAGAACAUGAAGAAAAUGAGCUGAGUGUCCCAAGCACUGAUCUUCAAGAAAGCAAAGGAUCUUCAACACAAGUAAGUAAGGAGUUUGCAUCAAAGACUAUGUCAAGCUCACACACAAGUUCAGCCUCUGAAAAACUAAGAAACAUCCCCAAAGAUACAGAUGACUCUUUUGCCAAACUGCUGUCUGAAAGAGAGAGGACCAAGACAGAAGAAAGAAAAUCAGUUCCAAGCUUUGGUACAGACAGAAGUGAAAAAAGCCUUAAAGUGAGCGGCCCUCACAGACAUUCAGGGGCUGGAAGAGAGAAGAGAGAAAGAUCCUUCAAGAAAAAUGAGAGUCGGUUGUCAGGCCACAGGAAGUCUCCAACAUCCACUUACUGUAAAGAAGAUCAGAUGAAAGAUGUCCUAGAAUUAGUUGAUGUUGAGGAUGAAGAAACAACUGGAGAAGUUAGUAAGAACCCAGAUCUUUCAACACUGUAUAUGCUUCACAUAGUAUCAAAGGCAAUUGAUGUUUCUCUUGCAAAAGAAUUAAAAAAUCUUUUGUUUGGCUCUAGUCUUUGUUGCUUCAGUGAAGAAUGGAAAAUACAGAGUUUUACUUUUAAUAACAUACCACAGUUAAAAUACGGCAUUGUGCAAAAAAAGGGUGGCCCAUGUGGAGUACUGGCUGCAGUUCAAGCCUGUGUCCUACAACAGCUUAUCUUUGCAGACAGUAACAGGAAUAAAGACACUCGUUGUCUUCAGCCCUCAGAAGUACACAGGACCAAAUGCCUCACCAUGGCUAUUGCAGACAUAUUGUGGCGUGCAGGAGGCAAUGAAAAAGCAAUUGUGGCACUGCCAUCAGGAAGACAGCAGUUCACUCCCAUAGGAAAAUACAAGGCAGAUGGAAUCUUAGAAACUCUAAUACUACAUAGUGCCACAAGAUAUGAAGAUCUGAUUGUAUUUCUUCAGCAAAAUAUUCAUCAGUUUGAAAUUGGUCCCUGUGGGUGCAUCCUUCUGACUGUGUCUGUCAUCUUAUCAAGAUCUAUCAAUCUGGUGCGCAAUGAUUUUGAUGUACUUACAAACCGAUUGAUUGGCAGCCAUGGCUACUGUACUCAGGAAUUGGUGAACUUGCUUUUGACUGGCAAAGCUGUGUCCAAUGUUUUCAACAAUGUGAUAGAGCUGGACUCUGGAAAUGGCAAUAUCACAAUAUUGAAAGGUAUCACAAGCCGCAGUGAUAUUGGUUUGCUGUCUCUCUUCGAGCACUAUGAUGUUUGUCAGGUUGGUUGUUACUUGAAGACCCCUAAAUAUCCAAUUUGGUUGGUAUGCAGCGAAAGCCACUUUAGUGUGCUUUUUUCUUUGGAAAAGGAUUUACUAGGUGACUGGAAAACAGAGCGGAGAUUUGAUCUAUAUUAUUAUGAUGGCUUGGCCAACCAGGAAGAAGAAAUACGGUUAACAGUUGACACAACUCAGAUGUGCACUGAAGAUAAAGAAAAUGACCUUACUCCUCCACUUGAGCACUGUAUUAGGACAAAGUGGCAAGGAGCUGUUAUUGACUGGAAUGGCACAGAACCAAUGUUGUGA